AAAAUUAAUUAACUACAGAACUUUUACACUCUAUAAAAUGACAAUAUAAAAAUACAAUCACACACAAGUAGUUAAAAACUUGAUAUUUAUUAGAAGUUAAAACUAAAUAUAAAAAUAUCUGUAUAAUGGGUUGCAUUCGUUACUUCCACAUAUGAUUACAAUGCCCAGUUUUGACAUUUCUUACGUGGUUAAUUCGACAUUUGACAACAAAACAUCCCAAGUCGACACAUCGACGUGUUUGAAGCAGAUAAACCUAAGAAAAGUGAAACAGCCGGCUUCUAACAUGGAUUUCAUUAAUUCCAUUCCAACGCACAUGGAUUUUGAGGGGCAAGCUCGUGCUGAAAGGAUCUCCAGGAUCAUUAUUACAUUAUUUGGAAUUGUUGGCUUAGUAUGGGGCUAUAUUAUACAACAAUUCUCACAAACAGUAUACAUUCUGGGUGCUGGAUUCUUACUUGCAUCAUUGUUGACAAUUCCGCCAUGGCCGAUGUUCAGGCGUAAACCUCUUCAGUGGCAAAAAGUUAAACCAGAUAAUGCAUCACAAAGUAAGAAAAAGAAGUGAUUAUAAAUAUUAUUAACUUUGUUGUAUUCCACUUUCAACAUUAUGCAUUUAUUUGCUCUAUUCUUUGUUGUGCGACGGCUCAGAAAUAAAAGUAUUGUCUAAUUUGA